CUCAUGGAAAACAUUCAAUGAGAUCCAGAAGCUUCUAAGCAAAACCUAUGGUAAAGUUAUCGGUGAUGUGAUGACAACUAACCCUCUUGUUGUCCGUGAAACAACUAAUCUCGAAGAUGCAGCAAGAUUAUUACUCAAGACAAAAUAUCGAAGACUACCCGUGGUUGAUAGUGAAGGCAAAUUGGUUGGGAUUAUUACCAGAGGAAAUGUUGUUAGAGCAGCACUGCAGAUAAACCGUACAAGUGAAAUUUCUGAGAGCUAGUAUGCAAAAAAGGGGCUUCAAAACUCAUCGAUGAAAAGGUGGUGUAGGUUCACAUGUGAUUUACAAAAGCCAAAUUAUGCUUGAAUAGAUCGAACCAGAAGUACGAGCAUUGUUCUUCGGUGAUUUGAAUAUUCUUUUACAAGUUCAUGUUGUACAUGUUUAGAAAGCUUUAUGGUCAUCUAAACAGCCAAUCUCGAUUAAGAUUUAGGAAUUUCGGCCACAGAAGGUUUCUGAACAAUGCUGAAAUUACCUCAUUUUCUGCUUUGUAUUGCAGAUAUGAUGUCUGAAUUGAAAUUGAACUGCCAUUAUUGUUUCAAACAGCUGAUAAUUACUCUGGUUUCUGUUUUA